AUGGGACCAAAGGUUAUGGUCACCACAGCAGACCCCUUCGAGGAGGCCACCGACUCAGGAGAUGGCCACACAGGCAGCACUGAGACGGGUGACCCCGAGGCCAUGGACCUCAGCUCAUACCAGCAACCCAUGGACCCCGAUCACGAGGAGGAGCACAAUGAUGAUGACGACGAGGGAAACGUCAGUGGGAUUGUCAAGUAUGUUUCUCUACCAGUGGAGGCAAAGCAGUACUGGACAAGAUCGAUCCAUGGUGUCACCGGGCACCAACUCUCCAUCAAUAGUUCUGCGAGCAUGCAGGUAUCUAUUGGUACACACAAUCUGGGUGUGGUCGAAGCUUCAGUGGCCGACACUGCAGACUAUGACCUCAUCCUGGGGUUCACUGAGCUACAGAGGCUCAAACCCACCAUACAAUGGGAUACGGGCCAGCUGGAGUUCAAGACUCAGGAGCAGGACCGACCCCCUAGGAGACCCCCUGAAGCAGCAAGAGCAGGGGACCUAACCAUGAGGAGACCAACCCUUCAUGGUUACGAGUUUGUCUCAGCAGAGCGCAUACUACGAGCAGCUUUGGAAGAUGGACCCAUAGGGUUCAUGCUGUUAGAGGAGCCACCAUCAUCACUCCCAGCCUUUGGUUUUGUACCUACAGGCGCAGACAAAGGAGUCGAGAUGGAGGUGGAGGUAGAUAAGGUGGUGUCGGCUGCAGACAUACCAAAGCCAUACCAACACCUGCGAGAUGUGUUUGAUGAGGUGGAAGCAGACAAGCUGCCCCAUCAUACCGAGCAUGAUCUCCACCUCGAGUUGAUAGAAGGAGGGAAGCCACCUCAAGGGCCCCUAUACCUUAAGGGACCCAAGGAGAUGUCCGAGUUGAGGAGGUACUUGGAUGAGAACCUCGAGAAGGGGUUCAUAAGACCAUCGAAGAGCCCGGCACGAUCACCGGUGCUCUUCGUACCAAAGAAGGAUGGAGGUCUCAGACUCUGUGUGGACUACAGAGGUCUCAACGAGAUCACUGUCAAGAACAGGGCACCAUUGCCCCUCAUCGAGGAGCAGCUGUUCUUACUCAGGAAGGCAAGGAUCUAUACCAAGCUAGACCUUAGAGCAGCAUACAACCUCAUCCGGAUUGCUAAAGGAGAUGAAUGGAAGACAGCUUUUGGCACUCAGUUGGGACUCUAUGAGUACCUAGUGAUGCCCUUUGGCCUAGCCAAUGCUCCGGCUCACUUCCAGUCAUUCAUCAAUGACAUCUUCUGA